AUGUUCUUAAAUGAAAUUGGACGAGGAGGAGAAGGAGAAGAAGAAGAAGAAGGAGGAGGAGGAGGAGGAGGAGGAGGAGGAGGAGGAGAAGAAGGAGAAGAAGAAGGAGAAGAAAGUCUUUGUGUUAGCUGUUGGAGGGAGCACAAAAAAGUAGUCACCAUUGACUGUGGACAUCCUGCCUGUUUGCCUUGUCUUAGGGCAAAUCACUAUCGAGCUUUUGGCUGCUCACAAUGCCUGAAAUUCUCCCAGCUGAAAACUCUUCAGGCAGACAUUGUCAUGUACCCUGAAGGAGAAGACCAGUGUGUGAUACACCUGGAAGACCAGAAGUUUUUCUGUGACUUUAGCUUGACUCUACUCUGUGUGACCUGCUCGAAAUCAGAGGAGCACGUGCACCACAUGCACUGGCCCAUUGCAAUGGUUGCUCUUCGCAGUAGGAAGGAUAUUCAGGAAAAGAUAAACCUCAUUAGGCUUCAUGUAAAGGUCUUUGAGGAAUUUCAACUUAAAGAGGAGAAACCCUUGGCCUGGGCUGUGGUGUGGGCUAACUCUAAAUAUAAGGACAGAGACAUUUUUGAGGAAAAAAUCUAUGGAAUAUGGGAACACCUGCAAAAGAAGAUGGAGACACUAGACAUGAAAGAACUCAGAGUGGGAAAGGGGAAUGAGAAGUUCAGUGAGCUCUAUCAGAAGCUGAAGGAGAUGGAAGCUAUAUGGGAACAGGACAUCAUGAAGCAAAAAAGGGAAUGGGAGCCCAAGGUGUCCAGAAAAAUCAGAUAUCUAAAAGACAUAACCAGAGAUUUUGAAGAAAAGAUUCAGAAAUCAAACGUGGAACUAUUAAAGGAUUUGUUCCGUGAGAGUAGAAGGUAUGUAACUAUCUACAGAGUGGACAAUUGCAGAUUUGGGGGACAUGGAUAGAGGAAGGAUG